AUGUCUACCCAACUCACCGGUACCCUAAAGAAGAUUAAAGAUACAGGCGUUAUCACAAUUGGCCACCGCGAAUCAUCUUGCCCUUUUUCCUACUAUGAUGAAAAUCAAGGGGUGAUAGGCUACUCUAAUGACCUGCAACUCAAGGUAGUCGAAACAUUGAAAAAGGAGCUCGCCGUACCCGAUCUGCGAGUUCGUUACGUCACGGUUUGCCCUAAGAAUCGCUUUCCGUGGCUGAACAACAGCACGAUCGAUGUGGAAUGCGGCUCGACUACAAACAACAUGGAUCAUCAGCGUCUAGCCGAUUUCUCUGUGGCCUUCUUCAAAGCCCAAACGCGCUUAUUGGUCCGACGCGGUAGUGGUAUCAAUGACUUUAGUGAUCUUCAAGACAAGGCUGUAGUGACAACAGCCGGUACUACUUCCGAGCGGCUGCUUAAGGCCAUGAAUACCGAAAAAAGAAUGAAUAUGAAUAUUCUGUUGGAACAUGACCACGGUCAGGCCUAUCAGCUGCUCCGAACAGACCGCGCCGUCGCCUUGAUGUUAGAUGACAUACUGUUGGAAGGCCUCAAAGCUAGUUCACCGCGUCAAAAAGACUUGCAUAUAGUUGGCACGCCGCAAUCGAGCGAAAUGUACGGUUUCAUGCUGCGUAAAGCAGAUGCGGUCUUCAAGAAAUUGGUCGACCGAGCCAUCACAGACGCAUUUGCUUCUGGCGAGAUUAACAAAAUCUAUGCGAAGUGGUUUCAGAACUCAGUACCACCGUUGAACUGCAGCUUAGAUAUUGUCAUGAGCGACCAGGUUAAGCAACUGAUCUAUAAACCAACUGAUUUUCCUGCGGAGUAG